AUGUGGGCCAUUGACAGCGGGGCAACACAUCACAUCUGCCACGACAAGUUCAAGUUUGCAAGCUUGGUCGAAGGCAAUGAUGGCGAGAUCCUGGUGGCUGAUGGCAACAAGGCGGCCAUCAAAGGUGUGGGGACCAUCGUGGAAAAGGUGAUUCUGCCAAACGGGGAAGAGCGCGAGAUCGAGAUCAAGAACGCGCUCUAUGUGCCCAGCAUGAGCAAAAAUCUGCUCUCGGUGCCGCAGAUUAACAAGCACGGCAACUUCCAAGUGGUGUUUGACGGGGAUACGAUGUACGUCGCUCGCAAGGAUUACAAUCAAGUGGUGGCAGCUGCGGAUCUUGUAGACGGACUCUACUGGCUUCGCACGACGCAGCGAUCAGCCAAUGCGACAUCACUCAGCAACGCUGUUGAUCUACAUGCGCGAAUGGGCCAUGCUCCAGUCGACGUGCUUCGCAGGAUGGUGACAAGUCACAUGAUCAAGGACGCUCACAUCCCUUCCAAGCCGAAUGGAUCAAGUGUGUGUCGAGGAUGCCAAGAAGGGAAGAUGGUCCAAAAACCAUUCCCGAGCAACCGUGACAAGCGCACCUACAACACCUUCGAGAUGCUCCACUUCGACAUCUGCGGACCUAUGGAAGAAAAAUCUCUGGGCGGCAGCAAAUACCUGCUGUUGAUCGUGGAUGAGGCGAGUGGAUGUAUGAAGGGUUUUUGUCUGCAUUCCAAGUCAGAGAGCGAAGAGUGCAUCGAGAAGUACAUCACGAUGAUGCAGACGCAGUUCAGCAAGAAGGUCAAGUUUUGUGCGCCACGACGAGCUUGCGAGUUUGCGACGAACUCGCUUCAAGAUUUCUACGAGUCGAAGGCAUCGAGCAACAAACCACGGUGCCAUACGCACAUCAAGCCAAUGGAACUGCUGAACGCGCGAUUCGAACUAUCGUCACCAUCGGUCGUAGCAUGCUCCAUCAUGCCAAGUUGGACAAGUGCUUCUGGGCUGAAGCGGCAAUGA